AUGUUUUAAAAAAUUAUAAUAUGCGUACCAAUUGUCAUUAAAUUAUCAGUUAUAAUAGUUAUUAUAUUUUAUAUUUAUUCUGCUAUAGGAGUUGAAUUAUUUACUACUUUAAAACCUAUUGAAUAUAAUAAAACAGGUUUAUAUGGAUUUUCUAUGUGUUCAACAAAAUAUGUUUAAAAAAAUAAAAUUAAAGAUUCUACAUAAUGCAAUUAUGCUGAUUUUAAUAGUUUUUUAGGAUCAAUGCUUGUUUUACUUUAGGUUUGUACUGCUGCUGGUUGGAGUAAUAUCGUAUUCGAUUAUGGUUAUAAAUUCGAUAGUUUAUUAAAUAGUAUUUUAUUUUUCAAUUCUUUUCAUUUCAUAGCUGUUUUUAUGCUGUCUCUUAUCGGAGGUAUUAUUUGGGAAGUUUUUACUGUAGUUGAAAAAAUAAUGGAAGAUAUUCAAGCUGUUGAGGAGUAGUAAGAACUUUUAAAUUCUAUUGAAUAAUAAUAAUAAUUAUUAUAAAGUAUAAAUUUCGAGACUAAUUAAAAUAAGUAUAUCGAUAUUGUUUAUACUAUAGCAUUUUUGGAGAAAAAGAACUAUAAUUAUUUGAGAAGAUUUUCGAUUUAAAAAAAAGGAGAAGAUGAUGAUAGUGAGGAGAGUGAUGAAAGUGAAGAAAGUAAAGAAAGUAAAGAACAACUACAAUUUAAAUACCAUUUAGGAAUAGAACGAGAAUUUAAACUUCAAUAAUAAUAAACAAUGUUAAAUAAAAUGACUUAAAAUAAAAAUAAUUAAAACAAUUAAAAUUAAUGUGAAACACCUAAAGAUCUAUUUAUAAAGAAAAAAAAGUGA